UUUGUUUGUUUUUUUUUGUGAUUUGCACUCAUUUUAAUUAAAUAUUUGAGCUUCCUGUUUCACAGUGUGGGCCUUAUCAGGCUAUGAAUAUAACUGUUCAAACACUCCUCCCCAAGGACCAGAAUUCCCCUGAUUUCCCCACGGUCACGUGGCUGUCUGUGACAUUUACCGUAACUGGACUGAAACAAGUUAUAACAAUCAAUUAAUUGUUCUUUGACACAGUCCUUACAGUGCUCCCCCUGACCUACAUCUCCAUGACCUGGGCUGUUGAGUGAGGCAUUGCAGAAAAACAAGUACGAGUGUGUAAACUGAGUAGCAGGAGGAGGAGGAGAGGAAAGUUGUACCUUCCCGAGGAACCUAACAGAGUCUCAGAACAUAAACCGUUACCGAAAACCGGAGAAGAUGUAGGAGCUGUGAUGUUCGCUGCGUCCACACAGCAUGAGGAGACGUGCAUGCCUGUCUUGCAGGCUCUGUGGGAGCACGUGAGAACCGGACAGGAGCAGAUCCUGCUCUCUCCGUACCUGCCUGCGUCCUGUGCCUUCCUGACGCACGUCCUCUGCUGUGUACCCUUCUUUGCUCUGGACGCUCUGGCCACGGUCUCCAUGCGGGUCCGUUCCUGGAGGAUCUCCUCAGACUCGGGGCCGACCCCGCCUGUAAGCAGAUGGAUGGUCUGCUUCUGGUCGGUGUUGUUGAGAUACCUGACCGUGGUGCUGCCGGUCACUGCGCUGCUCCAGAGCCUGAGAAGCGCCGAGUUACCGUCACUGGCACCCUCAUGCUGGCAGCUUUCCGUGGAGGUCUGUGCGUGUUUCCUGCUCUUUGACACGCUGUUCUUCAUAUGGCACUUCUCCAUGCACAGGUUUUCAUGGCUGUACACCAGCAUCCACCAGCUGCAUCACCAGCACCGUCUGCCCUUUGCAUUUGCGGCCCAGGACGCCAGCUCUGUGGAGCUGCUGUCUCUGCUGCUCCUGGCUCUCUGCAGCUGCUGGGCUCUGGGCUGUCACCCUCUGAGUGAGGUGCUCUUUCACCUCCUCAACAGCUGGAUGGCAGUGGAGGACCACUGUGGCUACAACCUGCCCUGGGCUCUGCACAGACUGCUGCCCUGCCUGGGAGGAGCCCCCUUCCACCAGGCCCACCACCGGCUGCACAGAGGCAACUACGCCCCCUACUUCACCCACUGGGACCAAAUCUUUGGAACAUACCAUUGAAAUGCAGAGGGAUGAUACUGACACUGACACUACUGCUGCUGUUGUUGCACAUGUAGCUAUUGGGAAUUAACUAUCAAAGAAAGGUGACAGAAUUUUAAUGAAAAGAAAUUUAGUUUUAAUUGUUUACAAUCUUCAGAAUGUAAAUAUUAAUAUGAGUCGUCACUUCGAGUCGUUGUCUGCACUUUGUGAAUUAAUCUUCAUUCCUGUUCUUCUGGCAAUCAUAUCCUGUUGUUUUUUGAGAUUGUUCUCUACCACUACUGAGUUUCUAACUGUGGCAGACACUUAACUGGAUAACUGGAAUGGUGGUGGAGAUUUAUAGGAUUUCGGGGAAAUAUUUCUUCUUACUGCUUGUUACCAUUAAAACUAUAAAUACAGUAAAUAAAACCAAAAUAGUGACUUGUAAAAACAAACUGUUUUCAACAGCUGAGGAUCUGCAUUGUCUAAGUGGUACAGACAGUUUUCUUCCAAUUUGAUAAAACAAGAGGCUGACAGAAUAAAGGAGAUUUGAUCCAGCUGUGAUGCACAGUGUUACAAUGUAAUGUGUUUUAAUCCCUUACUUCAAUUUCCUCUCUACUUCAGAGAAUCAAAGCCAAAGUAUAAAAAAUGACACAAAACUGGACCAACGAUGGUUGGCUUCAGAUUUUAUUGAAUGACACAAGUUAAAAAAACAACAUUUUGUUAGAUUAAUUAAUCAGUUAGUUAGGGAAACGAUAUAUUGUUUUUGCAAAGUUUUUGUCAUGUCUGUCUGUUUCCUUUUCCUGUUGUCUGCUUUGUGGGGUAAUCUGUCUGUCCACACUCACCUGUUGGUAAUUGUCUUCACUUGUGUCACCUGGUGCUCCCUGUGUAUAUA